AUGAUCGUGUUCUGCAUUAGCCCUCAUCAGUUCAUAAGUCAUAUGACAACAAUAUUGGCGCGAUCCAAAAACCCGGGUUUAUACAGUACAGUAAAAUAUAGCAAAAGGGAUUUUUUUGUCUUUAACAGAUGUGCACUCCUCGACAUUGACGUUCCGCAGCAACAGCCGCAGCAACAACGUUUAAGUGAUGUGGAAGUCGCAGCAUCCUUCCAUUUACCGGAAGGCGAACCACGCAUUCCAGAGGGAGGCGUCAUCACUGCCCCUCUCAAUGAUGCAGACUAUUUCGUUGCGCGCGUGUGUCUUCGCGGCGAAGACUUUUACUUGACGCUCUACAAUGAGGCCGCGCAAGAGGCCGCUGGUAUCAUUGAGGAUUGGAGGAAGACGAGGGGCGAGAAACUCUCGUUAGACUUGAAGACGACCUUUUUUUAUAAGGCCAAGGUACUGCACAAGAUGGCGCAGUACAAGGACCGGAUGACCAGGGUGUACCAAGUGCCUCUGGACAACUGCGAGAGCAACUGGGUUACUCGCUACUUUUUCCAGAUGCACUUGGGGAAUGAUGACCGCCGUGAGGAAGCAACGGCCAAGAACGGGAAUCAAAAACCAUCAUAACAUAUCUAUAAAAGACAUAUAUUGAUAGCUUUUUAUAUCGAAUAGUAGCAUAUCUCACUUCGUUUCUCCGUUGCCUACGAGAAGCAAAUACUAAUCAUUAGUAGUAACAUUAAAGAAAUUUUCCAAGUGGUUUCAUUUUUUAACUUAAAGGAAUUUGUAGCUCAAUGCUAUUAACCGCUGAAGAUGGUCCCGCUCUCUCCCCCAGCCAAUCGAUGUCCACAAGAUCGCAAAUGUCAUUGUAAG